AUGUCUUUAGAAUUUGAUUGCUCAUGGAAAGUUCUGACUUCUAUAAUUUUGCGUAACCUCCAAGGACCUCCUUCUCCACUAGAGCUUCAAAUAUCAAGCUUAUCUAAAGACUUUCAGCUAAAACUUCCUCAUUCUCCUUCAUGUAAUCCCUCAUGGCCAAAUCUCAACAUUUUUAGCUCCCUCUUUCCCAUCUCAAUAAAAAUUUCUAAUCCCUCCGAUGAACUAAUUUUAGAAACUGUAUUAGACCCACGGCAUAUGUAUUUUAUUGCAAACGAUCUAUCAAGUUUAGAAAACUUCAGCCAUUGCGCUUGGCUGUUUGAAUUUUCAGAAAAUGGGUAUUACACAAACCAAGAAAAUGCAAGUGAGCUUAUAGCAAUCGCAAGCAAUUGUUCAGCUCAGCAGAAACUGCAGGCGACUCAAGAUGCUGUUUCAAGAGUCAUUUCGUUUCAGGAUCUUAAAAGGCGAUAUGAAGAGUUGCUAGGAGGAAGAAAAAGAUUAUCAGAUUUAUCAUUGAGGCUAAAAGAGUUAAGGAGCCAAAGUUCUAAGUUCCUCGUAAACAAAAAAUCUGAUUUUUCAAGUUUGGGUAUAAAACAAAGCACAGAAUCAGAAUUAAAUGAUACCCAAAAGUCAGCAAUAAACUCCAGUAAUUUAGACCAAAGUUCUAAAUCUCUUAUCACUGAUAACUCUGGACAGCUUCAAGUUGCAGAAAAAUUACUGAAUGCUCACAAUAAAAAAUACAAGUUAAGAAGCGAAAAUACUCAAAUAGAAUUCAAAGAACUCCCAAAAAAGCAUGAAAUCCUCCAAAUCCGCCGACUAAAAAUGACAGGAGAACUUUAUGAAAUUUUUAAAGUAACUCGAGCUAUUAACCUGUUUUAUGAGAAUUCUGACGGCAUAUUAAAUGAUGAAGAAAACAACUAUCGGCUUGGAUACAGUGCACACAUUUUGCAGGUUUUAUCUGAUCUCUAUAGGAUCCCAGUAAGAUUUCCUAUGAAAUUCAGAGGCUCAACAUCAAGUAUUUUUGCAAACGGAAAAGAAUUUCCGCUGUAUAGAUAUGGAAAGGCACAAGAACUAACAAAGUUUAACAUUGCCAUGCAAUGCUUAAGAUUUAACAUAGCUCAAAUUCUUGAUAUUGUUCCUCCUCUUAUGUCAUUUGAUGAUAUUAAUUAA